CUUCUUCGUCUUAUUCCUCUUCUUCUACUUCUUCACAAAAUCAAGCUUCUUUCUCUGAAGAAAGAAAUUAAAGGGUUUUGCGUAAACAAGCACUAACCCUAAACCCGAAAUGGCGAGCUGUUUCAGUGUCUAUAUUGCUUUGGUUCUUCUGAUUCCUGUGCUUCUCUCUCUCAGGAACCCAAGAGGUGAAACUCAACACGCCUCGGUUAAUUUCUCUUCGCCUUUCUCGUUUUCAAUACCUUCACUGUCUUCAAGGGAGACCUCCCUUGGUUUUCUUUUCAAUGAGAGGAUACGAGAUGGGUCCAAUUUAGAGUAUGACUUUUACCGGCAUUCUUGCCCACAAGCUGAGGGCAUCGUGAGAUCAGUUGUUACUCGAAUCUAUCUCGACCACAAGGACGCUUCACCAGCUCUCUUGCGUCUCUUUUUCCAUGACUGCUUCAUUGAGGGCUGCGAUGCUUCAGUAUUGUUGAAUGAUAGCUACGGUAUCAAAAAUCGAUCGAUUGAGAAACAGGCUCUUCCAAACCAGACUUUGAGAGGCUUCGAUAAAAUUGACUUGAUUAAGAAGGAGCUGGAACAAAAAUGUCCCGGGGUUGUGUCCUGUGCUGACAUUCUUGCUCUUGCAGCAAGAGAUGGCGUUGUUUUGGCUGGCGGGCCCUUUUAUCCGGUUUUGACAGGAAGAAAGGAUAGCUUUCAAUCAUUUUAUGAGGAAGCAAAUAAUCAGAUUCCAAGACCUGAUGAUAACAUUAACCAAACACUACGGCUAUUCGCUCUUAGAGGAUUCGAUGAAAGAGAAACAGUCAGCCUUCUUGGAGCACACAACAUUGAAAUUGGCUGUGAUUUCAUCAAGCAAAGACUGUACAACUUUCAUGGCACAGGAAGACCAGACCCUUCUAUCCCUUCUGAUUUCCUGCAUCAGAUGAGAAUAAAUUGCCCUGACAACAUCAACAUCAGCGAUGAGAAGGUGUCAGCUUCCUUCUUCUCCAGGAGGAUGAGUCAGUCUGAUCUGGGAAUGUCAUACCUGCAAGCAUUGUCAUCUUCUGUAUCAUCUGGGUCAAAAUUUGACACACACUACUAUGAGAGCUUGCAGGGAAGAGGACUUCUGUACGCUGAUCAGCAGCUGAUGGCUCAAGAGAAGACUGCUAGACUGGUUUCUGCUUAUGCCUCAGAUGAUGGAUCAACUUUUCGCAUGGAUUUUGCUAGGGUCAUGCUGAAAAUGUCUAAUCUAGAUGUUUUGACUGGCACUCAAGGUGAGGUUCGUCUGAAUUGCUCUCUACCUGUAAGAAGUACCGUUUAAGAGAUCAGUCAUGCAUGUUUCCUUAGGCUGUUCAAAUGUUACAUCUGGAUUUAUCACUGUGCUCUCUGUUUUUCACCUAGGACUUGUGCCCAGUGUUUUAUUUGUCGUCUAGUUCCCUGUGUGAUGCAACAGAAAAGUGGCAUGUGGAGUUACAAGUUGCUCAAAUUUUAGAAUUGUAUGAUUACUCUCCCUUAAAUGUAAAGAUUCUGGUACAUUCAACUCUUCAAAAUUUGCUUCAAGCUAUGAACAAGUUUACAUCUUUCUUUGA